GUUGGCCCGAGUUUUCCCAACUCAAGAUUUGCGCGCGUUAAAUAAAAAAUUUCAGUCCCAAAGAAGCCUAGUGUGGCGUCCCAGCCGCAUCUUAGACGCGCGGUAAAUGCAACGUGUGGCGGCAAAGCUGGUGCUCCGCUUUUGCUCGUUCAACUUUCAAGUCCAGCAGCAUUUAAUCUUGAACUCAUUCCCAAAAUUCUUCCAAAUACCCAUCCUGUCAUACGCUUCAUAUCUCGGUACAUUUGCCUAUUCUAAAUUUUACUGUCCCUUUCACGACAUUUGAAACCCGAUUGCUGCUCUCUCCUUUUCUGCUGUUGGAUGCACUUUUCUCCCAAUUUUAGGUAAAACGCUUGGUCGCAAUGGACAACGCCAACCUAUGGACUCGCCGCUCGAACACUAGCAAGCUGUCCCUGUCCAUGUCCGGCCCGGACAGCAAAGAUAGUAGUGGAAGACAGGAUUCCUCCAGAAGUCAUCCGUCCAAGCGAUUCGGUCCUGACAGCUCUCACGGCCGAUCCAACCCUUUCAACGCAAUCUCCCCCCUUACUACAAACGCACCCUCCCCCUCCGCCGGCGCCUCAUCCGCCUUUGGCUUAGGAUCCGGUGCAUUUGCCUCCUUCGGCUCGGCCAAAACACCGAAAACUCCCGGCGCAUUUGACCUCAGUACCCCAAAACCCACCAGCGAAAAACGAGAAACGCAACCAGAAAACGAAGGGACGAAUAAUAAAACUGUGAAAUUGAGGGCAUCAUCCUCUUCUCUCAAUAAUACCUCUGCACCAGCUCCAAAAGAGCACCCCAUACGGUCCACUUGGAUUGUCUGGUACCGACCCCCAACGCCGAAGCAUUCCGACUACGAAAAAUCCACCAUAGCUCUUGCAUCGAUAUCUUCUGUUGAGAGUUUCUGGGCCGUUUACUCACAUCUUAAGCGGCCCUCUCUCCUCCCGGCGGUGUCGGACUACCACAUUUUUAAGAAAGGAAUACGGCCAGUUUGGGAAGACGAAGCAAACAAACGAGGAGGGAAAUGGAUUGUUAGAUUGAAGAAAGGAGUUGCUGAUCGCUAUUGGGAAGAUUUGCUUCUGGCAAUGGUGGGCGAUCAAUUUGCAGAAGCAAGCGAUGAGGUGUGCGGGGCAGUCCUGAGCGUCAGAAGCGGGGAGGACGUUCUGUCUGUCUGGACAAGGAUUGAUGGUGGGCGGAAUAUUAAAAUUAGGGAAACAAUCAAGCGGUUGCUAGCGUUCCCGCCGGACACCAACAUUGUAUGGAAAAGCCAUGACGAUAGCAUUGCCCAACGCUCCGCCAUCGACCAAGCCCGCCUGGACAAAGCCGCUGCGAAUGCCGGUCACCACCACCAAGGCUCAGAUCGUCGUCGUGGGCACAACCAGGAUGACGCUUCCGCUGAUAAAGGGCGGACAGCAGCAUCGUAAAAGGUCCAGAUACGAAUAUGGGCAGUGCUUUCGCAGAUAGCUUCUUCAGAGAGUCCUUUGUUUUGUCCGUUGCUUCUUCCUUAAUGCUCUCUCUUUGUAUCAAGUGGAGAAGAGUAGUAGAAAUUCUGUGUUUGGAGUGAAGCUUUUCUUCUAUUCUGAUUAACUGGUGGAUUUUAGCUAGCCUUUGGUUUUGUUUUAAGUUUAUUUUUGAGGAUUUCACGACCUGGAAGGAAUAUGAUGGCAGGAAUAGAAAUUCAUUUUGCCUCUUGCUACUGUUUCACUGAAUAUCUCACAUCUAGAAAUAUCUACUGAUGACACCGAAAAGAACGGAAUGCUUGUGCCAGAUUUUUAAGUCAGAAUAGAGGUUAAUGAUUCUAAAUAAUGUUAAUUAUUCAAAAUCCCAUAUAUUUAUGCCAAAGAAUUUUCGGAAUCCUGUCCAUCCCGGUUGGACCGUUUAAAUUUUAAAUUCCACUCUAU